AUGACUACCGCUGCACCCAUCCACAAUACUCCCGUCCACAACCUCUCGCAAUCUUCUCGAAUUGAGUCUGCCGGACAAACACAAAGCAAAGAUAGCAGUUUCGUUCCUCGCGGCGAUACAACCGUCACCCUCAAUUAUUUCCAACCACCCGAAGACGGCGUGGUACCCUUCAACUACGUCGAGGAACCACCUCAAGGCCAACCUCAGCGCAACUUCGGAGACUUUGACAUCCAAGUACCCAUCACCGACAUCCGCGGUAAAGAAUCCCAAUACAAUCUCGACAAAGAUGCAUUCGAAGUCAUAGUCGGCCUUCCGGAAUCUGCGGAAAAGGAAUUUCGAGACGAUGACUCCAUAAAAAAGAACUACUAUCCCGAAGUCGAGAAACUCGUCUUGGAUAAUGUACCGGGUUCGAACAAGGUGUUCAUCUUCGACCAUACAGUCCGUCGCUCAAAUCCCAAUGCGCAUCGAGGCCCCGUCGCCCGAGUGCACAUAGACCAAACGUGGAAAUCAGCCAAACAACGCAUCCACCGCCAUCUACCCGAGGAAGCCGAGAAACUCCUGCAGGUACGUUAUAGAAUAAUAAACGUAUGGCGACCCAUCAACGGAGUUGUGCAAGGCAAUCCCCUCGCAUUUGCCAGUUCGGAAAGCACCAGUGACGAAGAUGUCAUACCGGUCGAACAUCGAUAUCCAACCACCACGGGUGAAACGGCGGGGAUUAGAUAUAAUGAAGGUCAGAAAUGGCAUUAUCUUUCCGGAAUGAAAAAUGAUGAGAGGUUGUUCCUGGAGUGUUUCGAUAGCGAGUCGUUGAAUCCCGGGACGGAGGUGAAGGGUGGUAGGGUUCCACAUACGGCAUUUGUGGAUCCGAGAACGCCGGUGGGUGCGAAGGGUAGAGAGAGUAUUGAGGUUAGAUGUUUGGUUUUUGGUCCUUGA